AUGACGCAAUUUGCUAAUCUAAUUUCAUCUAUCUAUGUUAUAUACGAAACACAUGCAGCUCUAGACCUGAUAAAGAAUGCACAAGUUAAAGCCAUAAUAGGGCCUCAGACAUCCAUGCAGGCCAAUUUUGUUGUCGAUCUUGGUGAAAAAGCUCAAGUUCCUAUCAUAUCUUUCUCAGCUACCACACCCUCUCUCAACACCAGGAGUUCAUACUUCUUCAGAGCUACAGAAUGCGUAAGAACUCAAAUUAAAGCCAUUACUUCACUGGUUCAAGCCUUUGGAUGGAGACAAGUCGUCCCUGUUUAUGUGGACGACAUAUAUGAAGAAGGACUAAUACCUUCUCUCACUGAAGCUCUGCAACAGAUCGAUGCUGGUGUCCCUUACAGGAGUCUCAUUUCUCCGAAAGCCAACGAGGAUCAAAUAGAAAAAGAGCUUUACAAGCUGAUGUCAAUGCAGAGCAGAGUUUUCAUUCUCCAUACGUCUUCUGAUAUGGGUUCUAGGCUUUUAACAAAGGCAAAAGAGAUUGGUAUGAUGGAAGAAGGGUAUGUUUGGAUAAUGACAAAUGGCAUGACUAAUAAUCUUUUUCAAUUGAAAUCCAAUUCUUCGAUCAUGAAUUCUAUGCAAGGGACAUUGGGUAUAAAGACCCAUGUCCCGAAGACAAAUAAGCUUAAAGACUUCAGAGCUCGAUGGAAGAGGAAAUUUCGGCAGGACAAUCCAGACAGACAUGAUGUUGAACUGAAUGUUUUCGGAUUAUGGGCUUAUGAUGCUGCCAUAGCUCUGGCUAGAGCAGUUGAAGAGGUUGGGAUUGGAAAGUGGGACUUCAAGAAGGACAACAAUGUUUCAGAAAACCAAAAUACAGACCUUGAGUCGUUUGGGGUUUCUCAAAAUGGUCACAAAAUCAGUGAAGCAUUAACAAGGGUGAGAUUCACUGGUUUGGUAGGAGAUUUCAGAUUUGUCAACAGGCAGUUAGAUGUUUCAACUUUCGAGAUAAUCAAUGUCAAUGGUAAUUGGGAAAGAGUGGUCGGAUUUUGGACACCCGAGAAGGGAUUGGUAAGAAAUUUGAGUUCGACAACCACGAGCAACAAAAUGAAUUUGAGAGAUAAUUUGGGACCAAUUAUAUGGCCUGGUGAACCUUCAUCAACUCCAAAAGGAUGGGAGAUGCCGAUAAAGGGGAAAAAGUUGAAAAUUGGUGUUCCACCCAAACGUGGUUUCAAUGAGUUUGUUGACGUGAAAUAUAAUAAUGCAACAAGCAGAACCGAACUCCAUGGCUACUGCAUAGACGUCUUUGAGGCCGUAGUGAAUGCUUUGCCUUUUGGUCUUGCCUAUGAAUUUAGUGCGUUUGCGAAGCCAAAUGGUGAUAUUAACGGUACUUAUGAUGAUUUGGUCUAUCAAGUGCACCUUGGGAACUUCGAUGCUGUGGUUGGUGACGUAACGAUUAGAUACAACAGAUCCUUGCAUGUAGACUUCACACUGCCAUUCACAGAAUCUGGUGUGACAAUGAUCGUUCCGGUUAAAGACAAACGGAGCAAAAACCCAUGGGUUUUCUUGAAGCCUUUGACAUGGGAUCUUUGGGUGACAACUUUUUGCUUCUUUGUCUUCGUCGGUUUUGUUGUUUGGGUCCUUGAGCAUCGGAUAAGUGAAGAUUUUCGAGGUCCUCCUUCACACCAAAUUGGCACAAGCUUCUGGUUCUCCUUCUCAACCAUGGUCUUCUCUCAUCUGGAGAGAGUGGUUAGCAACUUGGCGAGGUUUGUGGUAACAGUAUGGAUAUUUGUGGUGUUAAUACUGACUCGGAGUUACACUGCAAGUCUAACCUCACUUCUAACAGUCCAACAACUCCAGCCAACUGUGACGGACUUAAACCAGUUGCUUAAAAACGGAGAGAAUGUGGGUUACCUCAAAGAUUCUUUUGUUUUAGGACUUUUGAAAGGUCUCGGAUUUCCCGAAUCCAAGCUUAAGACUUAUGAAUCCUCGGAAGAAUUAGAAUUAUUAUUUAAAAAGAAAAAAGAAGAAGGUGGGAUCGCUGCUGUUUUAGAUGAAUACCCCUACAUGAAACUCUUCCUUGCAAAGUAUGGCUCGAAAUAUGCAAUGGUUGAACCCUCAUUUAAAACUGAUGGCUUUGGCUUUGUAAGCCUUCUUAAUUACUCUCUCUUUCUCUUUUAUCUAUCUAUCUAUCUACAUAUAUACAUAUAUAUAUAUAUAUAUAUAUAACUAUUUUCUUAUCGUGGAUUUAGUAUAAUAUUAUCGUGUCUGACCUUAUAAACGACUGACAAUAUGUGUGUGUGUGUGUUUUUCAUAUAGGUUUUUCCAAAAGGCUCGCCUCUCGUGCCAGAUAUUUCAAAGGCAAUCUUAAAUGUAAUAGAGCGAGGCACAACAAAGGAAAUAGAAAAGAAAUUGUUUAGGCAAGUAACUAAUUACCAAGACUUUAACUCACAAGUUUCCUCAAACGUUCUUGGUCUUGAAAGCUUUUGGGGUUUAUUUCUCAUUGCUGGAGUUGCUUCACUCUCAGCUCUCAUAGUAUUUGCGGCUAUAUUUAUCUAUCAGCAAAGGCAAAUCAUCACUGAUUCUGAUAGAGUGGAUUCAAUAUGGGAAAAAGUACUCGAAAUGUUAAGAAUCUACGACCACAAGGACUUGAGUUCGCAUACUUUUAAGAAGAAUGCUGAAGUUGAAUAAGACAGAAGAGAAGGUGAUCAUGUGGUUGAUGGGGCAUGUGAAGCCUCAACAGAAAUCAACUUGCAUCCCAGUCCAUCUACUUAUUCAAUCCACACAGUUCAGUCAGACUUAGCAUUCUUAGGAGAGCAGGAAACUCCUCCCAGAGAAUUUGGAAGUACAAACCAACCAAUUUCUGAUAUUGAACUUGGUUUUGUAGCACACCAAGAGACACCCAAUUACAGCUCCUGAAACCCAUGGUAAUAAUUGAUCAAACAAGGUAAUCUAUUGUUUUGUAGAUCAUUAGUGUACAAGUAAUUUGCUCUAGUUCAAAAUAGAGGGAUAACAUGUAGAUAAGGUCCAUGUUUUUUUACAUGUAUAUUUUACUUGGAAAAAGAAUGGAAUCUCAUAUACUUUGAAAUUCUUGAUCUGAAAUGGUUUAUGGGAUUGAUCUAACAGAUUUUCAUGAAGAACUUGAUUG